GCCGACUUUGCAGUUCACCACGCAUGCGCGUUAAUCACUCCGCUCACGAAGAGGGGAGACAUGGCGACGUCCCUGAUCUGUAGCCGUUUGACGGCUAGCCUGAGGCAUUCAGGGGCUAGAAACACUAUCAGCUCCGCUUCCAAGGUUCUGGGAGGUCCUGCAGGUCUGUUCGGAGGCCAUGUGUCCCAGCAGCAGAGGAGCCUCUCCCUGCACGAGUACAUGAGCAUCGGGUCUGCUAGCGAGUCCUGCACCGCGCGCCGCGCCCGCAUGGGGUCAGCUUCGGAGGGAGGCCUACCUGCGAGCCUACAGAUGCGUACGAAGGACCUGGUGGUGAAAGCUCAGGUGCUGGCUGGGGGUCGAGGAAAGGGGACGUUCGAGGGCGGCCUGAAGGGAGGAGUGAGGAUCGUCUACUCGCCAGAGGAGGCCCGGGACAUUUCCUCGCAGAUGAUUGGUCGAAAGCUGUACACCAAGCAGACCGGGGAGGCGGGUCGCAUCUGCAACCAGGUGUUCAUCUGCGAGCGCAGGUACCCUCGCAGAGAAUACUACUUCGCCAUCACCAUGGAGAGGUCCUACCAGGGUCCCGUGUUGAUCGGCAGCUCUCAGGGAGGUGUGAACAUCGAAGACGUGGCAGCCGAAAGCCCGGAGGCCAUUGUGAAGGAGCCCAUCGACAUCGUGGAGGGCAUUAAGAUGGAGCAGGCUGUCAGGGUUGCCAAGGAGAUGGGCUUCCCGGCGGCGCUGGUGAACGAGGCGGCCGAGAACAUGGUCAAACUGUACAACCUGUUCAUCAAGUACGACGCCUCCAUGGUCGAGAUCAACCCCAUGGUGGAGGACGCUUCUGGCAUCGUUAACGGCGUUACGAAAUGUAACCGUUGGGUGUGUUUGUCUCCAGUUAACGGCGCCGGUCUGGCCAUGGCCACCAUGGACAUCAUCAAGCUGCACGGUGGCACGCCGGCUAACUUCCUGGACGUCGGGGGCGGAGCCACGGCACAUCAGGUCACAGAGGCGUUCAAACUCAUCACCUCUGAUAGGAAGGUUCAGGCCAUCCUGGUCAACAUCUUCGGAGGCAUCAUGAGGUGUGACGUCAUCGCGCAGGGCAUCAUCAUGGCGGUGAGAGACCUGGACCUCAAGAUCCCCAUCGUGGUGCGGUUACAAGGAACGAGAGUGGACGAUGCCAAAGCUCUGAUCGCCGCCAGUCCGCUGAAAAUCCUGGCCUGUGACGACCUGGACGAGGCCGCCAAAAUGGUUGUAAAGCUGUCUGAAAUCGUCUCGCUGGCUAAAGAAGCUCAAGUUGACAUCACCUUCCAGCUGCCCAUCUGAGGAGGAAAGGAAAGAAAGCUUGACCUUUGACCUCCUCCCAUCCCCCAACACUUCCUCUGUCCCACCCACAGCCGCCCGCCACUCCGCCGCAAACCCAAGCCGACAGCCAGACGAGCCGAUCGUUUUGUUUCCUCUUUCUCCCUCUGUGGCAUGACGGCAUGACUCAGCACGAUCGGCCUCGCUUAGAGAGCAGAGAUGCACCUAAUCUAGAUUUUUGGGGUUUUGGCUGAAUCCUGAAUCCCCUGGUUGAGAUUGUGCUGACUCCUCCUCCCAUCCUCAGUCCAUGAACCCAGUAAACACAUGAAUGAAGUAAACAGGGACUGUCCUUCCUUUGCCGUACCUGAAGUUGCUGCAUUCUGGCUGCUGUCUGGAGAUUCCUUCGUGCACAGCUCGUAUUCUUUCUGAUGUUUUCGUACCAGAUUUUGUAACAGCGGCCAUGUUGUGUAUAGUUUAGGGUCCUCGCCACCACCAGACCAAUCAGCUUUGAACAGAUUGAACAUGUAGCUGGACUUGAAUGGCCAGUUCCAUGUCCACUUUCUCACAGCC